AAUCAAUCAAAUACUUUUCCCUCUUUCGUCUUUCUCUCUCAGAGCGAGGGAGAAAGUGCAAGUGCGCUCUUUCUCUUUCUCUUUCUCUCUCCUCUUCAACCCCUUUUCCUCCUUUCAAAUUUCUAGGGUUUCAGUUUUCACCAUCGAUUUCAAUCAAAAAAGCUCAAAUUCUUCUCUUCUUUGAUAAAAAUGGCGACGCAAGUAGGUAAUCAAGGUCAAGGAGGUAUUGACCCUACUGUAUUAGACGACAUUAUCAGACGCCUUUUGGAGGUUCGUCUUGCUCGUCCUGGAAAACAGGUUCAAUUGUCGGAGACUGAGAUCCGUCAGCUUUGCGUUGCUGCUCGUGAAAUCUUCAUUAAUCAGCCUAAUCUUCUCGAACUUCAAGCCCCCAUCAAGAUUUGCGGUGAUAUUCAUGGACAGUACAGUGAUUUGUUAAGGCUUUUUGAGUAUGGUGGUUUGCCUCCUCAAGCAAAUUAUCUAUUUUUGGGGGACUAUGUUGAUCGUGGCAGGCAAAGUCUUGAGACGAUUUGUCUUCUGCUUGCCUACAAGAUCAAGUAUCCUGAGAACUUUUUCCUUCUUAGAGGAAAUCACGAGUGUGCUUCCAUUAAUCGGAUAUACGGAUUUUAUGAUGAAUGCAAGAGACGGUUUAAUGUGAGACUUUGGAAGACAUUCACAGAUUGCUUCAAUUGUCUCCCGGUUGCUGCGUUAAUAGAUGAUAAAAUAUUGUGCAUGCACGGUGGACUUUCUCCAGACCUGCAAAACAUGGACCAAAUUAGAAGCUUACCUCGCCCUACUGCUGUACCUGAUACAGGUCUGCUUUGUGACUUGCUCUGGGCAGAUCCUGGUCAUGAUGCUAAGGGAUGGGCAAUGAAUGAUAGAGGAGUUUCCUACACCUUUGGUGCUGAUAAGGUGUCGGAAUUCUUGACAAAGCAUGAUUUGGACCUGGUCUGCCGUGCACAUCAGGUGGUAGAAGAUGGUUAUGAAUUCUUUGCGGAUAGGCAGCUGGUUACUAUAUUUUCAGCCCCAAAUUACUGUGGUGAAUUUGAUAAUGCUGGAGCGAUGAUGAGUGUUGACGAGAACCUGAUGUGCUCUUUUCAAAUUCUCAAGCCAGCAGAGAAGAAGAAUAAAUUUUUGAUGUCGACAAAAAUGUGAUUCCUGCAUAAUUAUGGACUUACGGUACCUUUGGUCUGAUAGGUUGAUGGAAGAACUUACAUGAAGACACAAGUAAUAGACUUGCUGGUUAUCGAGUACAGGGAAGUUGCUAUGUCUCCUGCAACUUUGGUGAUCCGUGACUAAGGUUUUGGGUUAGAAGGAUGCAGUCAUUAAUAAUGAAAUCCUCACGUAGGCUCUUCUUCUCUCCAAUGCCGGAUGGUGCCAAUACCAUAAUUCAGUUUCUUGUAUAUGUGUAGUGGUAGCUCUUAGCUUCAUUUGUGGGUCACUGUUUCAUUAAAGAUAGACCCAUUAGAGAAUUUGUGUAAUGUGAGUUGGCUUGAUAAUUCAAAGCCCCUGUGAAUUCGCAAUUUCACCUCGUGCAAUGAGUUUAGUUGAUUUAUUCUUAUGUGAUUUAAAAUAUAUCAGUGUUGUUUGAGACUGAUGUAAAUAUCAGCUGUGAUUUUGGACACUAAUGUAAGGUCUACAAAGAACUAUGAAAAGCUUUCCGGGCACUUAUGGCCGCUGA